UGGCUGGCGGCCCACCAAAGUCCUUAUCAAAGCCUAAGAAGUGAUCCCUCAGUCUUCAGAUACACCGAGGAGAUCCGGGAGAGAGGAGCCACCGAGGAGGAGGCAGGCACCGCUCCACCAGCUCUUCUUCCCACCGCCAAUGCGCACAUUUAUCUGAAUUACAACUUUUUUUUUAUUUUUCUAUUUUUGAAUUUGGCUUAUUCCCGUCCAGAGGCAGGAGGACGCCUUUUCAACCAUGGCGGCGGUGGCGGUGCUGCGGAAUGAGACACUCCAGGCUUUUCUUCAGGAUCGCACUCCGAACUCCUCUCCAGAGAACUGUAAGCACUCUCCGCUGGCUCUCCUGGCCGCCACUUGUAACCGGAUCGGGCACCACCACGGAUCCAACCACACCGACUUCCUCCAGGUCCAGUACGACCCCACUCUGGGCUCCCCCUCGCGUUUGUUUCACCCGUGGACUAGCGAGGGGAACCCCCAGAGCAGCCUGGCCGGCAACUCCACUUUCGGACUAUCCUCCAAGCCCCAGCUGACCGCGCACAUCCAGAGCUCCUUCAGCGCGCACCACGAACUGCCCCUCACCCCCCCGGCGGACCCCUCGUACCCCUAUGACUUCUCCCCCGUGAAGAUGCUGCCUUGCUCCAUGCAGUCCCUGCAGUCCACCUGCCCCCCCACCUACGUCCCCGCCGUCAGCUACGCGGCCCCUGCUCCCAUGCCGACCGCGAUGUCAAGUUUUGUCACGGGACCCUCCGGCCUUAUGCACCACCACCACCACCACCAGCAGCAGAGACAGUUGUCCCCGAACCCCGGGGAGGAUAUUCCGUGGUGGAGCCUGCAGCAGGGGAACCACGUCAGCCACUCUGCCUCCCUGGGUCACCACCGCUUCCAGCUGCAGCGGGGCUUGGUGCUGGGACACACGGACUUUGCGCAGUACCAGACGCAGAUCGCCGCGCUCCUGCACACCAAGUCCCCGCUGGCGACUGCGCGGCGGUGCAGGAGGUGCAGGUGUCCCAACUGCCAGUCGUCCACGUCCAGCGACGAGCCCGGCAAGAAGAAGCAGCACAUCUGCCACAUACCGGGCUGCGGGAAAGUUUACGGGAAAACGUCGCACCUGAAGGCGCACCUGAGGUGGCACUCCGGGGAGCGGCCGUUCGUGUGCAACUGGCUGUUCUGCGGCAAGAGUUUCACCAGGUCGGACGAGCUGCAGAGACACCUGAGGACUCACACGGGGGAGAAGCGCUUUGUGUGCCCGGACUGCUGCAAGAGGUUCAUGAGGAGUGACCACUUGGCAAAGCACGUGAAAACGCACCAGAACAAAAAGGGCAAGUGCCACGACAAGACUCUUGACCACGUCAAAAGGGAGGACACGAGGAAUAUGUUGUAACCCACUUUAUAGUCCUUUUGAAACCGUAGACAUCAUAGUGCAAUACAGUCUGUCCUACAUUAGUUAACAGUUUCUGUACAUAGGGCAUUUUGUUUCUCUCCUCGGUUGAUUUCUCACAUCCUGACAAGACUUCCCAACAUUGCUGGUCUGUGUAACACAUUUUUUUGGGCUGUGUAAAUAUAAAAGUUUCAUAAGUAAAAUUUUGGGACCAUGGAGAAGUUCUAGCUCAUGAGUUUGAAUUCAGUGUCUUUGUCGUAUCAAGGAAGACGAGUUUUCAACUUGUGUUUUGAUCAUUGUCUUCGGUGGAAGAUUUCACGCCCCUGUACAUUAUAUUUAAUAGCUUUUGUUGAAUGAAAGUGUCCUUUUUUUGCUCCAUAUGGGGCUGUUUUUAAAAGCAUGCUCUUGAAAAGAUCUGCUAUUGUUGAUAUGACCCAAAUACUGUGUGAGAAUAAAGAUUAUAACAUUUCCCCUUCUAAGAAUAAUUCUUCCAUCUCCCUCAGUUAUAUGAGCGACGAGACGGUCAGGGUUUUAUAUUUGCUAAGAAACUGCAUAUGAUAUCACCUGGAAUAAUAUGUGUGUGCUCUGUAAACUGGUGUCAAAAGUUUUGGAAGUUAAGCUCUACAUUUUAAACUAAAUUAAAACCAGUAAAUGUGAUAACCAGAUGUUGUCCCUUGUGGUAACAAAUGUGAUAUUUACUUUGUAACUCUAGAUAAAGGUCAAAAAAGUAAUUUACCCCAUAAAUAGGUCUUUGAAUAUUAUUUUGAGAUUUUAUUUCACAGUCUUAACGCAUACUUGUUUUUGUCUCAUAUGACCUUAAACAACAAUCUUAAAUUACAUUUAGGUAUCAGUGAGGUGACCGUGGUUGUGUUGGUCUGCACUGUAUUGGAAAAUCCUUACAGAAAUAUGUUGGAAAUGUAUAUAUAUGAUCUCAAACAAUUCCCAAUAUAGUGUUAAUGAUCAAAUGUAGCUGUGUGAGUGAUGACAAUCAGCCAACAACUGUGUAAAAUCUGACAUAAUUCAUGUAAAUAUUUCCUCUCCACUGAAUAACCUGAGCGCUUCAUAGGUGCACACAGGUGCACAUAUUCUAAAAUACAACUCAAUCAAACUGCACACUUUAACGUUUCAUUGUAGGGGCAUUGAAUUAAAAAUGACAAAAUUACUUUUAUAGGAAAAGAUGCAAAAUAAACUUCAAAAGGUUAAGUCAAAUAAAUAAGUUGUUGGGAAA